AUGGCCGAAGAGAGCUAUGCUUCCGUUUCGACAGCAACGGCCAACACGGCCAACACGGCCCGCCGCGCUUCGACUUCGACCGGCUACUCGCCGCCAGCUCCGGGCCUGCCGGGGCUGCGUAAAGCUGCGACUAUGAGCCAGACCGGUCACCUACGCCAACGUCCCACUGUCAAUACUGCCUCGCCCUCUGCCGAGACUACCUUCGUAGACUUUCGAAGACAAAGCUCCAACUACUCAGACUUCAGCCCGCACGAAGUCAGGCGAGACCUCGACACAAGCGCGGAUGAAUUCUUCAACCCCUCUCGCCCACACUCCAAGGAGCUGACCAAGUCGCCAUAUGUCUACAUUCCGCUCACGCUCGCCUUGUUGCCCGCCGUGGCUGGCAUGCUCUUCGAGAACGGCAGCGCCUUCCUCACCGACUUGAUACUGCUCAGCUUGGCCGCUGUAUUCCUACACUGGUCCGUUACGCAGCCAUGGGAUUGGUAUCACACAGCACAGCAGGUCCGCAUUGUUAAAGACCAGAUCAUGACCGAGUCGGUCUUUGAGUCUGACAGCGAAGCCGAGCCAUCACCAACCCUGUCUGCGACCACGGCCCUCGAAAAUGUUCCGGAAGAGGUUGAGAAGCAGAAGGACACUGAAAGUCCUUUGAGCGAGUCUCCACGCCCGGAGAAACAAUGGGAGGCGCGGAAAAGGGCCGCUAUCAGUGAACUCUACUUUCACGAAGUAUUGGCUCUGACAUGGUGCUUCGUCUUUCCCAUGCUUGGUGCCUACCUAUUGCAUACUAUUCGCGGGCAACUGUCGCGACCAUCCGAAGGCUUGGUGUCCAACUACAAUCUAAUGAUUUUUCUCUGUGCCGCCGAGGUCCGUCCUGUUUCACAUCUGAUGAGCAUGAUCCAGAACCGCGCCCUGCGAGUCCAGCGCGUCCUAGCACGGAAUCCACACACAGAACAGUCCGUCACACAUGAGCAGUUCGAGACACUGCUUGGGAGACUGGACGAACUCGAGGCUCAUUCAAGUUCUCAACAGCCGACAGUAAACGGCUCUGCGCAGCCCGACGUUUCCCAGAAGGUGAUAGCGACAGCGGUGGGUCGCGAGGUGCGCAGCACGAUUCAGCCGGAACUCGACGCCAUGAACCGAGCCAUGCGUCGAUAUGAGAAGAAAAUGACAGUCCUGGCCUGCCAAACAGACAACCGAAUCGAAUAUGUGGAAUGUCGGCUGAACGACGCCAUUGCGCUCGCGGCUGUUGCGGCCAAGAAUAGCAAUGCGCAGUGGGGGUUGACCACCUGGAUGAUGGAGACGACGGUCACGGUCGUCAUGUUACCCGUGCAGGCAGUAAUGGCGGUCUUCACAUUUCCGCUCAGAACAGCGACGGCCCUGUUCACUCCCAAAAGCAGACCCGACAAGGCGCAGAGGAACGCACGGAAUGGGAAGCUGCCAGCCCAGGGCCGGAACAGCACUGAUCGAGUGCCUACGCGAGUGGCUAGGAGAUGA